GAGACAAAUACACAUCGAUCGCCUGAUUCACACCGCAAGAGCUGACACAACCAAACUACACACAUGCCAUGCAGACGCACACAGACGGACCUCCCACAAAGAAUGAGACAGAUGAGAGACAAGACACACACGCGCUUUGGCAUGCACACUGCCCCGGAAACGGACACGGACGCGGAAAAACCAAUCACUUCGCACUGUCUGCUCUUCCCACGUCCCGCCCUCCCUCACACUUCUCCCCCUCUCCCCCUGCCCCCUGUGCACCGCUGGCAGACGCCAUCUGCUUUUCCGCUCUUGCCGGGUGAGCCUGGUCAUCAGAGCCCUUCGUGGCCGCUGUGGUUUCAUCCCUGUGGCUGUCGGGUGCCGCGGGUGGUGGUGGGGAGUCCACAAGUGACGACGCAGGCCUCUCACUGCCGGCAGCCGUCGCCACCUCCCUCUCCCCCGGCCCGCUCUGUGUUAGUGUCUCCUCCUUCUGCUUCGUCGGUGCCUCGAUGCUCACUGUCGGCUCCUCUGCAUUGGCAGGCGCCUGGGUCGGCUCGUCGGAUUUGGCUGCGGCCAGCCCAUCUCUCUCCUUGACAUCAUAUCUUCUGUACAGCUCGUCAAUGUCGACUUUUCUGCUGCUGUUAGUCGGCGCAGUGCCGAAUUUGGGGCCGACUGUUGUCGGAUACCGAAGGCGAACCGCCACGUCGCGGACCUUCUCGAGCUGUGUCUCGUAGAACUCUGGCCGCAGCCUCUCGUUGAUGACCUUUGUGGGGUGCGGAGGCGGCAGUGUCUCGAGCAUUCGCCUCUCCAUUCCGAAUCCUGCAGUGCAGACAGGCGGACUGGUUGCUUUGACCCUCUCUGUGGGUGUGGUGGAUGGUUCUUGAUUGACCUGGCAGUGUCAGUCCAGGGCUGCCCUUCCAUCUGAGCCGCGGAUCAGUCACCAACGAGUACUCCCCCACGCCAGGCAGCCGCGCUGCCUCAAUCGGCCGCCAUAUCCCUCCAAACUCGUCCCGCACGCCCAGCUUGAUGCGGUGCUUGCUGAGGGUGCUCUUCUCGACAGAGGGCAGCUCCUGCAGGACGUCGAUGUACCUCUUCUCCACGUGUUCUUGAUGGGGCAGCAGCCUCCUUUGCCGUGGUGAUGGCACCGUUGACUUGGUGCUCCUGCUGAAGGGGUCUGAGAGGUUAGUGGUCGACAUGGGCGAGGGGGCCGUGCGCGACGUUGACAUCGUUGUUUGACUUGAAAGAAUGGUCGACAAGGAGUG